AUGUCUCAAAAACAAUUCAAAUCAGACGGAAAUAUCGUUGCGCCUUACCUACUAGGACUUGCUCGCAGCAAUCCCGGUCUCACCGUGAUCGAACAUGACAGAGUCGUAUUCAGGGCUGCUUCAGCCCCAAGCGCUAAAAACAAACCCAAAGUGACGUUAGUGUCGGGAGGCGGCAGUGGUCACGAGCCUACGCACGCUGGGUUUGUAGGCGAUGGUGCGCUCGAUGCAAUUGCUGCUGGCGCUAUCUUUGCCUCUCCCUCCACUAAGCAGAUUUUUUCGGCGCUCAAAGCUGUAGAGUCGCCAAAGGGCACCCUGCUGAUUGUUAAAAACUACACUGGCGAUAUAAUUCAUUUUGGCCUUGCUGCCGAAAGAGCAAAGGCAGCAGGCAUGAAUGUGGAGCUCGUGGCGGUCGGAGACGAUGUUUCGGUUGGAAAGAAAAAAGGAUCUCUCGUUGGUCGCCGUGGGCUAGGCGCAACCGUUCUUGUUCAUAAAAUUGCUGGCGCCGCUGCUUCUCACGGGCUGGAGUUAUCAGAAGUUGCUAAGAUUGCCAGGGCGGUUGUUGAAAAUAGUGCUACAAUUGCGGGAUCUCUUGACCACUGUACGGUCCCGGGCCACAAGCCUGAAAAUAACUUGGGGCCUGAUGAAUAUGAAAUAGGCAUGGGAAUUCACAAUGAAUCCGGCACCGAGAGACGGUCCCCACUGCCAUCAAUUCCGCAGCUUGUAACUGAACUUCUACCUCUAGUUCUAGGAGAGAAGGAGGAUAACACUUUUGUCGAGUUUAGCCCCGAAGAAGAUGUGGUUCUUAUGAUCAACAAUAUGGGCGGCAUGUCCAACCUUGAAUUGGGCUACGCUACCGAAGUUGUGUCUGAACAACUGAUUAAGAAAUUUAGUAUUGUUCCCAAAAGAACAAUGAGCGGCACAUUCAUUACGGCCUUGAACGGUCCAGGGUUCGGCAUCACGCUUCUGAACGCAUCUAAAGCCGGCCCUGACAUCAUGAGGUACUUUGAUUACCCCACAAAUGCAAGCGGAUGGAAUCAAAAUUAUCAUUCGGCACAAGAGUGGAAAGUGCUUGCCGGGGGCAAAGUUCCAACAGCGCCCCCUCUAGAGACAGUUAAGAACGAAAAACCUUCAGGCGUGACGGCAAAUUAUGAAACCUUCUCCAAAAUACUGCAGUCAGGGAUUGCAAAGGUGAAGGAAGUCGAACCCAAAGUUACUUGGUAUGACACUAUUGCAGGUGAUGGCGAUUGCGGCACAACGCUCGUUUCUGGCGGCAGGGCCUUAGAGGAAGCUAUUCAGAAACACACUUUGCGUCUCACGGAUGCCGCACACGGAAUUGAAGACAUCGCUUACAUCGUGGAAGACUCCAUGGGUGGUACAUCGGGAGGACUGUACUCUAUAUACUUGUCAGCACUUGCGAAAGGUAUCAGCGACUCCGGAGACAAGACCCUUACAGUAGAUACUUUUAGAGAAGCAUCAAAAACUGCUUUGGAUGCGCUUUAUAAGUAUACUCGUGCUCGCCCUGGGUACAGAACACUAAUUGAUGCCCUUCAGCCUUUUGUUGAGGCGUUGAAUUCGGGCCAAGAUCCUAGGACUGCUGUUGAUGCCGCUUUCAAGGGUGCCGAAAAAACGAGAAAGAUGGAUGCUCUAGUAGGCCGUGCGUCGUACGUUGCAAAAGAGGAAUUAAGCAAGCUCGAUGAUGAAGGAGGAUUACCAGAUCCGGGCGCCGUCGGGCUGGCUGCUUUGUUAGAUGGUCUUGUUAGUGCCGCUGGAUAUUAA